CACCUUUCUUCUAUAUUAAUAAACACAGACCCUUCCCUCUCCUUCUCUCCCUCUCCCUCUCCCUCUCCCUCUCUGAGCAAGCCAGCAUGGAGUUCAGAUACCCAGAAGAGUCAAAGAGCUGGAGCGAAGAAAGCGAUGAUCGAUCGAGCAAAAUGAUGAAAGAGGAAGUGGAAGAUCCUACGAGUGUGUGUUUUGCAAGAGAGGAUUCACCACAGCGCAAGCUCUUGGAGGCCACAUGAAUAUUCACAGGAAAGAUAAAGUAGCCAAGUCGUCCAGUACGAAGCCCACUUUUCCUGCAGCUUCCACUUCAACCAAACUCUAUGACCACGAAACCGACCAUGCAAUUUCAAGCUUUCCACCUGGGAAUUACUUUUCUACUGAGCUAGAUCAAAACAGUAAUUAUAAUUACCCUCCGUCCCAAUUUCCUUUUGCUGCUGCACAGUACAGUGGCCAAAAGGAUCGGGACGUGUUCGGAGGAGAUAAUUGGAGGACGGGUUUGAGUUUGUCCAAUAUGCGUGAUGAUAAAGAGAAGAUAGAAGGUAGCAGUGAAGAUGAUGCUCUGGAUUUGGAGCUUCGAUUGGGCUAUCAUUCUUGACAUGCAUAUAUAUUCUACUUCUACCCUUCAAAUCAAGAGUAUAUAAUCCGGAGAGUGGUUAACUGGUUAUACCUAUAUAUAUUUAUAAGUGUUCAGCUUCAAAUCUGUCACGCCUAUGUCUGGUUUCUGAAAUCAAUUGAAGGCAAAGGCCAGGAGAAGACGGUAUAUAUAUAUAUAUAUAUAUAAGCUAGCACGUCUGUCUCCUUGAUUACUGCAUGCAAUUGUAUAGAGAUGGCCUGGAGGUUAGAAGCCGUUGAGCGAUUUGCCUAAAGCUGGUUUAGGGCUUUUUCCUUGAUGAUGAUCCGAUGAUGAAGGUACUCAUCAAUAUAUAUUCAAAUUUGUCCGCAUAAAUAUAAUCCUUGUAGCUAGCUUGGUGUUC